AUGCCCUGUGUGCUGUUCCGCAUUUUGUGGGAGGGUCUUGUUGGUAUCCCGCUGAGCCACCUCUUCGGCUACAACAAGGGCCCCUGGCUCGCCAAUUCGACGCAACACAUUUUUGGCGGUUUCGCGAGCUUCUACACGGCCGCCUGGAUCUACGGCAUCUUCGUUUUAUGGGAUAAGCCGUGGCUGUGGGACGUGAAAGAAUGUUGGAUCGGGUACCCGUUUCACGAGAUCCCGCGAUCGGUUUGGUGGUACUACACGUUGGAGGCGACAUUCUACUACUCCCUCCUUCUCGGCGCAUUUUUCGACGUGCGUCGCUCAGACUUUUGGCAGUUGAUCUUUCACCACGUCGUGACGCUCGGUCUUCUCUCCGCCUCGUGGGCCAUCAAUUUUGUUCGGGUAGGAACCCUGGUGCUCGUCUCGCACGACAUUGCCGACGUGUUCCUCGAGGGCGGCAAGCUUCCCGAUUAUCAAAUCUUCAACCCGUUGCAGGUUCCCUACGUGCCGCGGUUGAUCAUCAUCAUGUUGGUCGCCCUCUUCCUGCUGCACAUCUUCUGGACGUACAUCAUUGGAAAAAUCGUCGUGCGGACGAUACAAGAGGGUGAGGCGGCCGAUGUGCGCUCCGACAGCGAGGACGAGGCCGAGGAGCAGGAAGUCCGCCGGAAACGACUCACAAAAACGAAACAACAAACGAAGAAGGAAGAC